GACAUUUAAAUUUAUUUAUUAUAUAUAAGCCGUUCUUUAUUUUCCAUGGCUACAAAAAUCAAACCAUUCAGCAAAAGCCACCACUCACCGGUGACGCAACAACUCGUAACGGUAGCGCUUUUCUCUUCUCUCUCUCCCUCUCAGAGUUUACCUCUCAACAACACCAACAAAAUCUCUUCCUUCAAUUCAAUUCAGAUUUUCGAUUCCUUCAUUUCACAAUCAAAAUUAUCGCUGGAUCGAUAAUCUCUUAUUUGGCUUUUUCCGAUUCUUGUAAUUUUCCCCCAAUUUCAUUUGACUUUUUUUGUAUUCACGUGUUUCCUCUUCCGAUUCACGCGCUUUUCAAUACAAAUUCACUGUUACAUAGCUUGAUUUUCCUUUCCUUCAAUUCAACAAUCAAUCAUCAUGACUCAGGCUGUGGAAGUAUUGAAUCGAUAUGGAACGGAUCUGGUUGGAGAAGGGAGGGCUUCGGAUUCAGAGUGUUUAGCUGGUUUUGAAUGUUUUCUGAAUAUUGUGAGAGCAUUAGGAAUGGGAUCUUGUAUAUCAGAGGGUGGUUCUGGUUCGCCGCCUUUGCUAACUUAUUCGCAGGAAUUGAAUGUCGAUGGUGGGAAGAGGAGGAGAUUAAGGGGUUCCUCUACAAUGGAUUAUAAGGUUCCUGGGAGAAUGUUCUUAAAUGGGUCAAGUGAUAUUGCUUCUAUGUAUUGUAAGCAAGGUAAAAAAGGGAUUAACCAAGAUGCUAUGCUUGUUUGGGAGAACUUUUGUUCAAAGGAAGACACAGUUUUUUGUGGUGUUUUUGAUGGUCAUGGACCUUAUGGCCAUAGGGUUGCAAAGAAAGUUAGGGAUUCUUUCCCUUUAAAGCUUAGUGCACAAUGGGAUUUACAUCGUAAGAAUAAAGAUGGAUUCAAUGAACAAAAUGGUGCUGCCACAAGUUAUAAUUCUGAAGAGCAAAUUAGACUGGUUGACGAGAACGAUGAUCAUGAGUUUGAUGAAACAUAUACUAUCUCGGCACUAAGAGAAUCCUAUUUGAAGGCUAGCAAGAUUAUGGACAAAGAACUGAAACUGCAUCGUGAUAUUGAUUGCUUUUGCAGUGGGACUACAGCAGUUACCUUGAUCAAGCAGGGGCCGGAUCUCGUUGUCGGUAAUGUGGGGGAUUCAAGAGCUGUGCUGGGAACCCGAGAUAGUGACAAUUCUCUUAUUGCUGUUCAGUUGACCAUUGACCUUAAGCCUAAUCUUCCAAAGGAAGAAGAGAGGAUUAAGCUUCGUAAAGGAAGGGUUUUUUCCUUGAAGAAUGAACCGGACGUGGCUAGAGUUUGGCUGCCUAACUCUGAUUUCCCAGGUCUGGCUAUGGCACGGGCUUUUGGAGAUUUUUGCCUGAAGGACGUUGGAUUGAUUUCUGUUCCAGAUGUUUCAUAUCGCCGCCUUACAGAGAAGGAUGAAUUUGUUGUGUUAGCAACAGAUGGGAUUUGGGAUGUUUUAUCAAAUGAAGAAGUUGUGGAGAUUGUGGCAGCUGCACCACGGUCUAUUGCUGCUCGAGUACUGGUAGAGUCAGCUGUUCGUGCUUGGAGGGCAAAAUUUCCUUUCUGUAAGGUUGAUGAUUGUGCUGCUGUGUGCCUCUUCCUUAAUUCAAAUACAGAGUUGAAGGCAGAACAUACCAAAGACGAGUUGAUGCCAGAUGCAUCAAAGAAUCCAGUUGAUCAAUCAUCUCUACCUAGUGAGAAUGGAAUUGGAGUGGAAGCCGAAAAACAGCCUUAAUAGCAUAGCUUUUGUGCCAUAUCUCUUCCCAAACCUUUUUUUAUUUAGAAGUUUGGGAAAUUGUGCUAUAGCAGUCAAAGAGUGUCAAUGUUUUGGGUUUUUUUUUGGACAGUUCUUCUGCCAAUAUUCUUUCCAUUGUUUAUCUUUCAUUUCCUUGGACAGUAUUUGAUUUGAUGGGCGGGGUCGGAGGAGUUCGAUAUAUGUUUUGCAUCCGGAGGAAAAGGGGUACCGGGCCUAUUUUUUGUGCUAGAGGUCAUUUUCCUUCUCUCUGUAUGUAUAGGUUGAUUUGGAGUUUUUGUAAAAUCCAAAUCUCUAGAUACAUUAUAUAGUUUGUCCGGUAAUUAUCUCAACUGUCGUCAUUUUUAUUUUUUGGGUACAAAACAGUCGUAAUUUUUAUUUGUAUCAUUUUGUAGUUACAUUUUUCCAAUUUAGACAGAGUAAGCUAGAACUUACAAAAAUUGGAGUUAUUGGUUAUGGAUUUUUCAGUCAGGUUUUUUUGUUGA